UUUCAUGAGGUGUUGGGAGAGAGUUAAAUGAUACCUUCUGUUAUACUCUACAUUUAUAUAAUGUGAGGGAUCUAAUUCACGAUUACAGCCCAAAGCUUUUCCUGGGAUUUUGAUACCGCUGCCUUGGCAGAUUUUUCACUUUUGCUGAUUGUGGGAAUGUGCAUACCUGAGUUAAAACAUUAUGCCCCAGGCGUGCCAAUAGAUGUUGUUGGAACUAGACUUGGUGAGAAAUACUUGAUUUCAGAUCGGAAUAUGGUGACUUCUUAAUCAAGUUCUUCCAUAGUUGGCGACUUUCUGGACUACCCCAAUGAGCCUUGGACAUUAUUCCACGCAACAUAAGUGAAGCUACAGUGGUGUGGUCGGAACUCUGGGACAGUCACAAGGUUUCGUUUUGGGGAUGAGGAAGCAACAGGGAUCCACUUAUUCAUACAAUCUGAGUUUCUCUCCACCAUUCUCAUUCUACAAUCAACUCUUCCAAUCAGAAGAAGAUCCUUCACUUCCCUCUCAGAAGGUCCUACAUGGUAACUGCUUCCAUAAGGCCAAAAAAAUACUGCCUUUGAGGUUGAUUUAGAUUUUGAGCACAAUAUGAGACUGGCACCGGUGAUUACAGAGGAAGUUACUUUGUCCCUAGAAGAAUUGAUCCGCAAACGGAUUGUUGAGGUUGAUGAGGAGCCAAGUAUUGGUGAAAAUGCAUUUGUGUGGCUAGCAACGCUUAUACUGGUGGCAGCGGAAUGUCGUGAACGCAUGCUUUACUUUCGAGACUCUUACAGCUUCUUCUGGCAGUACACUCCACUAUCCUGCCUUCAAUGUGUUCUUGAAACAGAUUGACAAAUGCUUAAGGCAUUUGCAGAAGCAAGCCAAACCAACCGGCAUAUAAUUCGCGGAUAAUGAGUUUAUACUGCAUGUGGAAGGAACCGCGACAUCGCAUAGAGUUGUGCGCCAUAUUGGAGGAACAAGUUGGCCUGGUAGGUUGACAUUGACAAACUAUGCUCUCUACUUUGAGGCUUCUGGAAUCAUUUCAUACGAAGAUGCUCUUAGGCUUGACCUCUCCAAGGACAAUGACCAGAGUGUAAACCCAGUCGCGACUGGUCCAUGGGGUGCUCCUCUCUUUGACAAAGCCAUAGUGUACCAAUCUUCCCAACUGUAAGUACGUCCUUUUUCAAGCAAAUGUACGCGUACUACUGCAAUUGAAGUCCU